AUGUGGACACUUCAUGAUGAUUUCAGGAAUGCUGCUAGUAAAGCUUGGUCUAUCCCUGUUACUGGUUCAGCUGCCAAACAAACUCUGAGGAAAAUCAGCCACUGUCAUGAUGUGUUUCAAAAGUGGAAUGCAGAAGUGUUUGGCAACAUCUAUGAGAACAUCAGAGCCCUCAAAGUACAGCUGGAGCAUAUUCAAGGCCUACCGAGCUCUCUCUAUUCACAGGUCAUGGAAUCGGAAAUUCAAAAUUUAUUAGAUAUUGAAUUGCAAAAGGAAGAGGAAAUGUGGCGCCUAAAGUCGAGGGUGGAUUGGCUAAAAGGAGGAGAUAAAAAUACCUCCUUCUUCCACGCGGCCACUUUGAAGAGAAGACACCGAAAUAGGAUUCUAAAACUGAAAUCCCCCACUGGGGAGUGGUCGACGACGGAUGCUGAGGUGUCAAACAUUUUGUGUAACCACUUUCAAUCUUUGUUUUCUUCAGACCCAAUUAAUAAUAAUGCUUUGAAUUUGGUUUUGGAUGCAGUGCAACUUGUGGUGGCUGCACCCGAGAAUGCUGACCAAUUCCAGCCCAUAAGCCUGUGCAAUAUUGCCUUCAAGAUCAUUACAAAGCUCAUUACAGAUCAACUAAAUGGGGCCCUGGAUAAGAUUAUCUCACCAACUCAGUCGGCCUUUGUUCCAAAUAGAUUCAUCUCUGACAACAUUUUGGUGGCCCAUGGGAUGCUCCAUUACAUCAAGAAGCAGAAGAAAGGAAAAGAGAAGUUCUUGGCUCUAAAGUUGGACAUGCGCAAGGCAUACGACAAACUGGAAUGGAACUUUAUAGAAGGGCAGGCGAUAAAUCUGCAGAAAUCCAGCCUUACUUUCAGCCCCAACACGCAUGAUAGGAUCAAAAGGUGGUUCUCAAGGAUCCUCAAAGUCAAGCAUGGUGAUGGCCCAUCCAAGUACUUGGGUCUGCCCACGCAUUUUGAUGUUUCAAAGAAGGAAGUUUUUAAUGAUAUCAAGGAAAAGACCCUUGGCAAACUUCAAGGGUGGAAGGAGAAGUUGUUGUCUCAUGCAGGGAAAGAGGUAUUACUGAAGGCAGUAGUGGCACCAAUGGCGAAUUAUGCUGGUUCACACUUUAAAUUACCAGCAUAUUUUCAUGAUUCAAUGAAAAAAGCUUCUUCUAGCUUCUAUUGGGGAGAUUCGAAAGACAAACAAAAGGUACACUGGAUGUCUUGGCAACGGCUCUGCAGAUCAAAAUCCAGGGGUGGUUUGGGUUUUAAAGACACAAAGCUCCAAAAUAAAGCCUUGCUAGCAAAAGCAGCCUAG